CAUUAAUUUUUAAAACUAGGUUAGUGUUAUAACGCAUAUAACAUGCAACGACGUUACCGUAUACAGACUGGCACGGUUUCUGCACUACAAAAUCCAUACGCGCCGUUGCAGUCGCGAUUUAAACGCUAAAUAUAAGUACGCCUGACUAUAGUGUAUGACAAGACAGAUCGACAAAAACGCCGAUCGAUAAAUCCCUUUACCUUCACAUGCUCUUUCUGCCGUUCAUUCGCGUACCAGUACAUUAUAUAGCUAAUCUAGUGCAACAACAACAAUAACCACAACAUCAACAACCACAACAGCAAUAACAACAACAACAGGAACAACCACAACAACAGCAAUAACAACAACAACGAUCACAACGACUGCCACAGCAUGCAGCAGCAAUAACAACUACAACACCACACCUCUGUAAUCUGUUAGUAUUUGACUGCUGCGACCAAAACGUUUGUAUCAAAAAUUCCUGCGAGCGCUUAGCAAAUUGAAUGUUUGAUCAAUUUGCGGCCAUUAGUAACCAAUUUCUUAGUAAUCUUUUUCAGAAACGAGAUUACGAGAAGACCAAACGAAUUCUGUUCACUGAAAGUCGAUAGCCGCGGUGGAGACAACAUCGCUUUGCCGCGCUCUGUGAACGAUGAGCUCAGACAGAAGGCACCGCGGCCACGCCGCCCGACCAAUCAGCGACGCCGUCUCAUAAGCUUGUUCAUCUCCAUGGAUAUUUUUCUACGACUGCCCCUUCGCAAAUGGCGUUGCUAGUAAUAGGCUUGGCUGUGAGUGGAUUUUUAACCACGCGGACGUAAGGUCAUUUUGAUUGACACCUAUAUAUGGAGACCGCGGUCCGACACCCGAGACUUCACUUCAGGGACGAACUGUUGAAGCACAAACACAUAAACAUGAAUUCUCUCGUCGGAAGCAGUGGCUACGGCGGCGUCCUGCUGUGCGACGUAAAGCGACGCGGGACGUGGCGCAACUUCAUCAUCCUGUGCACGGCGACGUUCCUCAGCUUCAUCGCGGUGUUCCCGUCGCGGAACCUCCAGAGCAGCAUCCACCAGUCGCUGCACAUGGGCACGGUGUCGUUGUUGGCGCUGUACGGCUUCUACGUGAUCGGGUGUCUGUCGUCCAACUUCCUCGUUCGGAAGUUCCGCGCCAAGUGUCUGCUCAUCGUGGCGCUGAUCUUUCACGUGAUGUACUCCGUGUCGAACGUCAUCCCUUCCAUGUACACCCUCAUCCCUGCGUCCUGUCUCCUGGGGAUCUCGCAGCCGCUCUUCUGGAACAUCCAGGAGCUCACCCUACUGGGGUACUCCCUCAACUACUCGGCGGUGUCCACCAUGGAUAUCGACCGAUCUCUGCGGCUGUUUCAGACGAUAAUCGUCAUCACGAUUCAUUCAGCGCAGAUUCUUGGCAAUCUUCUGAGUUCCGGCCUACUUUCGGUUUCCAACGUGAAGUGCGCCGAUAUCUGGUCGACGAGAAUGCUCGGAAACUUUUCCCACGACCUGGAAAAGGGAGAUCACUUCAAGUCGGAGAAGUGGACGUACACCCUUCCGUUAAUUCCCGUUCUUUCCCGUAAACUCUCGGAGCCGCCGGGACCGAUCAAUUACUACCAGUUUCUGACCGUGCUGUACCUGUGUCUCGGGGUGGUGGCGGUGGGCAGUGUGCUAAUAUUCUUCGAGAGUCCAGACAUUUUUGUCAAGAAAAAGAUUUCGUCCUGGAAAGAAAGGCUCGGCGAAAUCGGCGCGAUCGCUUACAAGCCCAAGUGUGUUCUGGCCGGGUUUGGAGCGCUCUUCACGGGCUUUUCAACAGGACUUAUAGUAGCCGACAUCCUUAAGAAUUUUGGGACUGAUAUCUUCGGCUGCUUCAUCGUUGGUUACAUGAUGGUCUGUUUCGGCACCGGGAAUCUCGCGUCAAUUCUGUGCUUCGACAAACUCCGGAAACACGGGCUGUCGGCGACGUCACUCACUACAGGUUUCUUGCUCAACUCUGCGGUACUCAUCAUGGCCUUCGUGUGGGUGCCCGAGUCGAACCAGGCGCCCAUCCUCCUCAUUUACCUGGGGGUGUGGGGUGUAGCCGACGGAAUUCUACAGUGCCAGUUACAAGCGGCCGUACCACGAUUCUUGCCCCAGCAAAAAGAAACCGCUCUUAUAGGUCUUCGAGUCUUGAACGGUGUUGGCAUGGAAGUGAGCUUCAUCCUCUCUAUUACCGUGGGAGAUUUGGUGACGUCGCUAUUCACAGCUCUGGGUCUUCACCUAAUUGGUUUCCUCGGCUUGGUGCUGCUAGUGAGCGAUUCCAAGGCUCGGGAGGUGGCGCUCCCCGAAACGGACGCCAUAGAAACGACAUUGCCUAUUACUCAAAACAUGGUAGAGACGACACAGUCGACCGAAUCCCUUACGUAGAAGAGUUUUACCAGGCUGGUCAUGCGAACAAAAAAUGAGAGAGAGAGAGAGAGAGAGAG